AUGCCAUAUCAGCGCAAAGCGCUUCUGAACACAAAGGUGAGGCCUGUGAACAGGUAUGCCAAAGGCUCCACUGAUGGUUUACGGCUAAAAUAUGAUGAAACUUCAAAAGAACCCAAAAAUCUUCGCCAAACACUGCGUAAACCGGAAGAACAAUUCCCAAAAGAUUUGAUAGUGAUCAUCAGCAUCAGUAGCUGCAGUAAUACAAACUGGAUUAAAAAAUUCCGUUUCCUAAAAGUGAACGGAAAUCCGGUGAACUUUGCCGGAGAAACUAGCAGGGUAACGAUGAAGGAGAUACUUGCACUCAAGACGCAAAAGAAUUCAAGAUUCUCAACGAUGAUUACAACCUCGCUGCCCAAUUUGGUGCAUAUUUUGCAAUCCUGCUGGAUCACGCAUGAUGCCAGAUGUGUUCGUCGUAAUCGGGUUGCAAGGGAACUUGCAACACGUCUCCGUCGACUGGGGUACACCGUCUUCGAAGAGUUGAGAGCACCUUCUUCGACGUCCUUUAUCAAACCUGACCUAAUCGCCGUUCGAGAUCGCCGAGCAACUGUAAUAGAUGUCAGCAUAGUCUUGGAUGGGCGCGGAGUGACUGUGUGGAAUGAGAAGAAGCAGACGUAUGGUGCUGCCAUAAUCUCAGCCCUACAUGCAAUCGGUUGUGAUGUCGACUUUUUGGUCCACCAACCGAUGAUCAUCUCUUAUCGAGGGAUCUGCUUUCCUCAAUCCGCUAAGGCUGUUAUUGGACUGGGACUUCCUAGGGUCACAGUCAGUGACUUGUGUUUGCUUGUCAUUGUGAGCUCUCUGCGUACUUACGACCCUUUUAUGCGUGAAAGUUCCUUGCUGUUAAAUAAAGUUCAAAACAGAUUGAAUCCUAAUGGAAAUGAUGAUGAUCAACACAAGGCAAUAGACACUCAGGUUAGAUCACCAGCUGGUCAGCUCCCUUUCGGUGCUUGUCAUGCCUCCCGAGGGAAGCACGAGGGCUGGGAUACCGCCAGGUUGCCCAAGCCUAGACAGGGGAAGUCGAGAGGCAGAGGUCGGGCUCGAACCACGGAUCUUCCGCUCAUCGUAUACACGCACUUCUCCAGUUUCCAUCAACCUUAUGUUCUGCUUGAAAAUCGGAGAAGCAGAUUCACUGGGAAACGACUGAAACAUGAGGCGGCCUGGCGCAGCACAUUCAGUUGCCUGAGAACAUCCCAAACGAGAGAUUCAGCUGGGUUCCAGGUGAGUCUCUCGAAAAACCAAAUUAGUUUGCAAAUGAGUGUAUUCGUUAAAAAAAAAUGGAUUUUUUUUGGCUGA